AUGAUUAUAAACCGACAAUCACUACCAACAAUAAUCGCCUUGCACAAAGAAGCACUGACCAGUGAGCUUCCUCACUGGUGCGGUGCUCCACUGGAUUCGUCUCGAUACGAUCACGAAGACUCACAUGGGAAGAAGGAAGAUCUGUGGACAGUAGAUUCGGAUGAAUCUGGCUUUGAGAAAUACAAGGAUAUCGUGGCGUCAACGGAAUAA